CUUUAUUCCUAUUUUCAACAACACAUCUUAAUAUUCCUUCUAUCACCAAAUCUUAUGUGACAAUACUCUAAAAUAAUAUUAAUAAAUAAUAUUACCAAUCAAAAUGUGUUCUCAUCGACAACAGGGUUGUGCAUGGCUCCUACGAACCAAUGUCCGGUUAUUCGGGAAUAUGUCUUGUUAAAUUUAUAGUGUGCUUUGUUUUUGAGCUUCGUGAAUACCGGUUUGUCCCCGAUUCUUUAAUCAACUUCGACCUGAAUUCAUGGUGGUACAAAGCACAAGGCUCGUAUUAGUGUUCAUGUAAUCUAUUCAGACUCAACUUGGUCGCAAAAGCUUGGUCAAAACUCAAAAGCUGCUGUUAAGGUUGCAACCUCUGUAAAGCGGGCACGGUCUGCAAAGGAUGUUGGAAGUACUUCUCAGCGGUCGUUUCCAUAAGCAACUUCUCAGCGGGUUCUUUCAAAUCACACCAAACUUUUACCUUUACCUUUUUCAGCUCUCAGGGAACCCCAAUACAUGUGUGUCAAUCACAAGUUCGAACUAACCUUCUUUUAUGUGCUUUUCGGGUCGUGUGUUAGUUAGUUAUCUGCCUAUGUAAUCCAAGUUCUUGAGUUUGACAUUCAGAACUAAAGGUAGAUUGAUAAAAAAAGUAGAAACGAAAAUGGAUGGUGCUUAUUUUCCACCUUGCAAAAUUGCUUCAUGGCAUGGGUUAGAAUUAGAGGAUGUGCAAGAAAAUGAUGAACUCAAACUGGUCCCAUCGUUACCAUCCAUACCUCAGCCACCUACCCCACAUGAGCCCAUGGAGUUCUUAUCCAGGUCAUGGAGUCUCUCUGCUGCAGAAAUUUCAAAGGCUCUUCUGGAAAAACAGAAGCACUCAUUCCAUGAAGAGAAUCAAACCACCUUGCCAGAAGCUAUUUUCGCACCUCAAUUAAUAACAGGUAAGAUCAUACCUUCUCCUAGAAAGAUGGGAACCAUAGGAAAAUGGUUUCAUCAGAGACAUCAUGGGAACACUAAUGUUGCUGUAAAGAAGAAAGAUCGAGCACGGUUAGAAAAUGCCCGUUUGCAUUCUGCCGUGUCCAUUGCUGGGUUAGCUUCGGCCUUGGCUGCUGUUGCUGCAGCAGAAAACUCUAAUGGCUCUCACUCAAAGUUGAACCUUGCUCUGGCUUCCGCCACACAACUCAUGGCAUCACAUUGCAUUGAAAUGGCUGAACAAGCUGGAGCUGAUCAUGAUCAUGUGGCUUCUACUGUAAAAUCUGCUGUUGAUAUUCAAACCCCUGGUGAUCUUAUGACUCUUACAGCUGCAGCUGCAACAGCUUUGAGAGGAGAAGCAGCUCUAAGAGCAAGAAUGCCAAACGAAGCAAAAAGGACUGCAUCUAUAAGUCCCUAUGACAGAGUACUUCUACCACAACCUCAUUGGUUUCAUUCUUUUGAUGGUCAAAUGUGUGAACAUCAUCCUCCAUGCGAGGGAGAUUUGUUGCAGCUCACACGGAAAGGUGUAUUACGAUGGAAGCAUGUUUCUGUCUACAUCAACAAGAAGUGUCAGGUCAAAAUCAAGAUCAAGAGCAAGCACGUUGGAGGAGCCUUCUCCAAAAAGAAUAAAUGUGUGGUUUAUGGAAUUUGUGACAAAGAUGGAGCGUGGCCAUACAGAAAAGAAAGGAGAAGCUCAGAAGAGUUCUACUUUGGCCUGAAAACUGCACAAGGUCUUCUAGAGUUUAAGUGUGACGGGAAAUUCCACAAGCAAAAAUGGGUUGAUGGGAUUGGGUGUCUGCUUCGUCGAGUUAAUUCUGUUGAGACAACAAAACUUUCUUUGGAUCUUUUAAGUAUUAACAGCGACACGUGACUGAUUUGAAUUGUA